AUGAUCGACCAAACCGGCCUCAGCGGUCUCACGGGAGGGCCGUUAGUGGCCGCAAUCACGACGGUUUGCGCGUCAUCUUUUCUGCUGUUUGGCUAUGAUCAAGGAGUCAUGUCCGGUGUGGUCAUCUCUAAAUACUGGCUGGACGAGAUGGGGAACCCCAGUACUGUGAUGACAGGCACUAUCACUGCGCUUUAUGAUGUCGGGGGUGUCUUUGGAGCAAUCAUUGCUGCAUUCACAGUUGAGCGACUGGGACGAAAGCGCAGUCUGAUGGUUGGCUCAUUCUUGAUCAUCAUUGGCUCUAUCUUGAUGGGUGCCUCAGUGGAAAGAAUCCAGAUGAUCGUAGGUAGAAUUGUGACUGGCUUGGGAAUUGGAUUCUUGACUUCGGUUGCACCUGUCUAUCAAAGUGAAAUCUGCCUUCCCAGUCAACGAGGCUGGCAUGUUUCCUGCCAAUUGACAAUGAUGCUUUUCGGGUUAAUGUUGUCUUACUGGAUCAACUACGCCUUCUACUUCCACCCGGGUCAAAUCCAGUGGCGUUUCCCCAUUAUAUUCCAAGCGGUCUUCGCCUUGUAUGUCUUGUUGAUCACACCGUUCCUACCCGAUACUCCUCGUUGGCUUAUGCUACACGAACCAUCGCCAGCACGAGGAACUGAAGUGCUUGCCAAAUUACGUGGAAAGCCAGAAGAUGACCAGACUGUACAGAAGGAAAAGUCAGAUAUUUUGUCGGCUAUCCACAUCGAAUCGGAGGAAGAGGGCCCCUGGAGAUCAUUGUUCACGGAUGGAGGGUGCGCGGCUAACAAGCGCUUCUUCUUAGCCGUUGGGAUUCAGUUUAUGCAGCAAACUUCUGGUAUUAAUAUUGUCACAUAUUAUGCCCCUACGCUUUUUCAAGACAGCUUGGGCAUGUCUCAGGAAGAGGCAUUGUAUGUGGGUUGUUUCCUGCAAGUGUGGUAUAUUAUCGCCUCGUUCCUCACGUGGUAUAUGAUCGACUCGGUUGGCAGGAGACGCCUCUAUAUCAUCAUGGCUCUUGGGAUGUGUGUCGUCUUGAUCUGCGAAGCCAUCACCGUGGCUAUUGGCACCACGCAAUCUGGAAUUGCGGCAGUUUUCUUCGUGUUUGCGUUCGAGGCUUGCUUUACGUGGGGCUGGAUGGCCACCGUGUGGGUAUACCCGGCCGAAAUCCUCCCUUUGAAGAUUCGCUCCAAGGGAGCGGCCCUGGCAGCAGCAGCAGAUUUUCUCGGAAAUUUCCUUGUUGUGGAAAUUACCCCGCCUGCCCUCGAAAACAUCGGCUACAAGACCUACAUCAUUUUCGCAAUCUUCAACCUCGUUGCAGCAAUGAUUGUCUACUGCUUCUACCCUGAGACAUCCUACCUGAGCCUGGAGUCGGUGGACCUUAUCUUCAUGGAGGAUGAGGAGCGUGAUCGGGAAAUUGAGUCGAAGCAGAAGUUCUACCACAAGGCCCUACAGUGGACUGUGGUUCCGAGAGCAAGGAUGGCUGUGAAUGAAGCCAAGGCCAGAAAAAGGGCCGGGCUUGCAGAGACCUCAGGCGAUAUUGAACAAGCGGCAGUUCGGAGGGACUCGAAAGCUGGGAUCCAGCCGGAUCAUGCUGAGUAUACGGAAUGA